ACCAAUUAGGGUAGAGUGGGGUUAUCUGAACAGGUAGGUUAACUGAACACAUCGAUGUUCCUGCCAUCUAGUAAUGAUAAAUUAAACUUGAUUUUGCCUGAAAGCGUCUUUUGUUACGUGUGUUGACACUGUUCGGUGCAGAUUUCUUUUAAUUCGGUUCUAAUCUCGUAAAUCAGCAAACAUAUUUUUAAUGGCCGCCACGUAAAAUUUGUGCUCCCAAGUUUUUUUGUGUUACAGUUAGCAAAAUAGAGUUUUAAAAUUGGUUUGACGUAUAUUUUGUUCCAAAUAUACCAAGAAAAAGACUACGUACUACCAAUAACAGAUCAUAUAGUGUAGCAGAUCUUAGACAAGCAUGUGAAGAAGUCCUGACACAUGGUCGAACAACUCGAAGUGUUGCACUUCAGUUUAAAAUCCCAAGAAUUACUUAAAAAAGAUAGACCAGGGAAAACAUCAGAGGAAGAGGCACCACAAGCUGGGUCGUCACAAGAUAAUACAUCACUGCCUAAACCGAUUCAACAUGGCAUGACAGAUCCUGUUCUGUCACAAUUUCAGCUCUCAAAAUAUCAAGAAUCACAAGCCGGACCAUCACAAGCUGAAUCGUCGAGCACUGCUAAACUACAAACUGAAAAAUCACAAACCAAACCGACUUUAUCUUCAAUUGAGAUAAAAAAAGCCGACAUUACAAAUUAUAACUCCUGA